AUGUCUAAUUAUAACAUUCAACAUUAUCAAUUUUUCAAUUCUACAUCAGAUGAAUAUGAAAAUUCUGAAAAUCCCACAGAAAACACUCAUGAUGAUAUCAAUAUUUUUCAAUCCUAUAUUCAUCGAAAUGAAAUAAAUCAAAAUUUACCAAAUAAUCCUAGAUUUAAUACUCAGUUAGAUGUAACCCAUUCUUUUCCUAUGAAUCCAAAUCUUAAUUUGCCAUGGUCUCCAUCACUUGAUUUACGCCAUCUCUUGCAAGAAUUUGAAAACAAAAUCUUAUUUGAAUAUCCAAAUAUUCCUUGUGCUCACUGUUCAAUCCUAAUGAUGAAAUCAAAUACUAAAUGGAUACACUAUGAUGAAAAUUAA